AUGGACGAAAAACCACGUGUUGGGCUUAAAGAUAGCGCGGAAAGAAUACGUGGAAAAGAACGGCGUCGAAGGAAGAGGGGUGAGGGGGCUAAAAAACAAGUAAAAAAGUAUUCAAAUAUUUUAUUCUCUUGCAUGACCGUACGUCAAUUGCGUAAUUUAAUCAAUCAGGUGGAACAUGCAAAUGAUCAUAAAUCAGAUAUAGACAAAUUGAAUACAAAAUCAGAUACCACCGUAACUCGACGUAUACCAGUAAGUAAAUGUAAGCAAACAAAAGGAACGAGACGAUCACGUCAACAACGCGGAUUGGAUCAAAUUGUUAUUCAGAAUGUUGUUCGCAUGAAAACUUUUCCUGUGGCAUCCAUAUCAAUGGGCUUAUUUAUGGCAAAUGACCGUGGCUCUUCAGAAACGGAUUGCAGCGUGACAUUUUGUUUUUUCGCUCGUCAUUUAAGAUAUGAUUUUUCAUACAGUUCAGAUUCUGUAUUCUAUAGAGUUGGCUAUAGAAUCGCUUUUAGCAGCUUGAAAUCAAUUAAUUUCCAAGGACAGUAUGUUAAUUUGAAGUUAUUGCAACCAGCGGAACAUGAUUACUGUAAUCGAGAGUAUAUGGUGAAUAACAAUCGUACUGUAGUACCAUGUAACGAUUUUGACAUUACUUUAGGACAGUAUCAAACGGCUCUAACGCAUGUUAUUCGCAUGAACGGGUAUACGGUUUCAAUUAUUACUAAUUAUUCACAACAAAUUAUUUCAAUUAUUAUUAAAAUUUUCGCAAAAUCUGAUAAUAAUUACAGUGAUGAAUCACCUGCAUGGAUUUAUCAUUUAUUAAAUGCUGAUCGACAAUUUUUUAAAUCAUUAAUACGAAAAGGAACUGAAAUGGCGGAUGGAAAUACUACGGAAAGUGAUGUUAUAAAUAAUCCAAUGGAUUCGUUGCCAUCAAAGGAUACUGUAAUGGAUUUGAAUUUAAAUUCUGAUAUAUACAGUAAUGAAAGUGAUGCUCAGAAUUUUCUUUCAUCAAAGUUUACAUCGGCAGAAACACUGUAUAUUGCGCAGCCAACAAGUAUGACUGAUGUAGCGUUUCCUGUCCGUUAUGAUGAACAGUCAUUUGCGCAUUCAUCAAUGGCUCCAAAUUAUAUGCAAUAUCCGGUGAUAAACGAUUACUUUAAUGAAGGAUGUGAUUGGCAAUCUGAACUGUUUAUUACUAUGCCAUCAAAACCGUGUCAGGGCGUUACUGAAUCUGCAAAUAUACAUUAUAACAAUACAGUAUGCGGGCAAAAAAUAGAAGAUGCAAGCAAUGAUAUGGAGGAUCCAACAAAUUGUGACGGUUCAAGUGCGAUUGAUUCUAUGUACGAUUUAAGUGAAUCAGAAUCAGUAAAUUCAGAAUAUGUCCCACAGAAGUCUGACUCGAAAUAUAUUUUGAGUGAUUUAGAUAUUAUUUAUUCAUAA